AUGUCUUCCAACUCGAAGAAACCAUGGGAAUCAAAGAAAUGGGAUUCUCUAGGCUAUCCCAUCAACAAGCAUCCCAACCGGACCUACCACUAUCCAAGCCGUACUGAAUUCGACUCCAAUACGGGCACGUACAACGCGCAUCCUUCAUAUUCAAACGACAGAGCUGCGCGAGACCGUGAAGCCGCCACGUCCUCAGGCCGAGAUUUCGCCUACUCGAGCAAAGAUCCACGACACGAGAGUUCGCAGAAUCAUGGACCUAGAACGAAUGACCAAGCUGCGAGGGAUCGCGAGGCUGCAAAGUCCGUAGGCCGGGACUUUGCGUACUCGACGAAGAGUUCGCGGCAUUGGGACUCGAAGACCGGGAGAUGA